GUGUUUUAUUUGAUACAUGAUACACAAGUGCUUUACUUGAUACACAAGUCUUUUGGGCUAGGCGGACAAUUUUACCCUAGGUUUUCUCUGUGAAAUAUUUAAAAGAACAAACUGAUCUGACAUUGAGAACCCUACCUCUCUCACAGACAUCGGCGACACCGAUAAGUUAGUGAACAAAAUCACGAUUCCGAUGAGCUUUGUACGGUUUUCAACGGCCACCUUUCGCUCGGUGGCAUCGAGCAACCUGAUUGGUGCGUGUAGUCGGGAAGCUCAGGUUCCCUCUUCGAUGAAGGCUACGGCGCGAACUACCAGGUCGUGGAGCAGUGUUACGGCGCGAACUACCAGGUCGUGGAGCAGUGUGGUCCUGGACCAGAAGGAGGAUGAGAAACAGAUUGAUGGAUCCGAUAAAAUUGCCAAAGCGGAUGGUAUGGGGGACGCAGACCAAGUGGAUGACCCAAUGAACAAGUUUCGUAAUGAGGACUUCCUGCAGCGCAGCUGGGAAGAGGGACGGGUAAGGGAGGUCUUUCAGGAAUGGAAAGAGGCAUACGAGAGGGUGUACGCGAAUGCUGAGGAGGAAGAAAUGAGGUUCAAAAUAUUUUGAAAGAUUGUUCAAGUUUGUUGUUGAGACAAAUUCAAAGGGUAAUUCACCGGGUUCGCUUCGAUUGUGUUUGAACCAAUUUUCUGAUCUAACCGAGGAUGAAAUGAAAGGAUAUACUGGAGGAGUAGGAGGAGGAGGAGUUGACGUUCGCAAAAUGAAAAUUAAACGAAGUCUUUUAAAGUAUUACAGAGAAGAAAGGGUGCCAAAUAUCUUGCCACUGGCUGCUAUGAUGGCAUAUGAUUACUUCGAUGAGUUGUUCAAAGAUUCUGGUAAGUUCUCUGCUUCUUUACUUUUAAUGUUUCAACAAAAAGAUUACAGCUUUGUCAUUGUGCGUUUCAUCUUGUUUUUAGAGAGCAUUGCUUUGUUAUUAUGAAAUAUUUUUUCAUCAAAAGCAAAUAGUAUAUUCCACAGUUUUCUGAAAAAGAACCAGUAAAAAUGCCAAAGCGGAUGGUAUGGGGGAGGCAGCUCAGAAAAGGGUCCUUUGUUUAAUAUUCUUGAGGAUUAGACAUUUUUACUAUCUGUUACUUUUCGUGAUUUUUAUGUAUUUUUCGUGUUACAAAUUUGGAUUUAAUAAAUGCCUCAAAUGAUCCCCUUUGCUGUAGUUUAGUGAAUUCUAAUUGAAUGUCCUAUAUAUAUAAACUCACUCACUCUGCCAAUAAUGUGACAUUUUGCGCUCAGAUGAUGAUGUGUUAGGUGAUGAGUUCUGUGAUUGAGUAUCAGAUGAUGAGUGGCUUGGAGAUGGACAUGUAUAAUGUAUUAAAUUAUGUAGUAAAUUCGGGGCUCUUCUUCUUGGAAGUCCGAUCUGUGAUUAUCCAGUUGAUUUUGACUUUGGU